AUGGAUUUGAUCCGAGAAGCCAUCCUGUUCGGGAGCCUGCUGCUUUUCCCCGCUGUCCUCUCACAGCCAGCACAAGUGGUUUAUCACAUCACGGAAGAAAAUCAAGACCAGACGUUUGUGGGAAAUGCUUUCGUGGAUAGUCAGCUACGAUCCAAAAUGAGAAACGCCAACAACCUUCACUUUGAGUUUGUCAGCCCAACCAGUCAGACUAGUUACUUUCGGAUUGAAGGUUGGUCUGGAGCAAUACACACUUCAAAGGUUGUAGACAGAGAAGUUUUGUGUGCCAAUGAUAACUGCCCAGUAAAUUUGGAUGUUGCUGUACAGCUUGUAACAGGAGCUUCACUUGACCUUGUAGCCAUUAUCCGAGUACAGGUCUUCAUAGAUGAUAUCAACGAUAACCCUCCGGAGUUUCCGUCUCAGUCAGUUGCUCUGUCCAUUCUAGAGUCAACCCCAGUGGACACCACUUUUCCCAUCCAUGCAGCAACAGACCUGGAUACAGCUGCCAACAAUUCUUUGAUAUCUUACGAAUUACAGCCUCCUUCAGGCUUUGGAAAGUUCAGCAUGAGUGUGAUCAAAAACUGGGACGGCUCAACAGAUAUUGGCAUCAUUGUGAAAGAACAACUGGACCGUGAAACGACGGACUAUUACCAGGUGAAAAUCAUCGCUAAAGACGGUGGCUCUCCUUCGUUAACAGGUACCUUGUCAGUCAAUAUCAGUGUUCUAGACAGUAAUGACCAUGUUCCAGUGUUUACAAAGCCCUUCUGGAAUGUGACAAUCUGGGAAAACGUCACUAUGGGCACAGAAAUUUUGCGACUGUCGACAAAUGACCGGGACAUUGGUGCCAAUGGGCAAGUCACGUACAGCUUUAACUCCAGAUCAGCUUCCAGAGUCGGUUCCAUUUUCAGCGUGGAAUCAAAGACUGGUGCAAUCAGGGUAAUAGGGCCUGUGGACUUUGAAAGCUCCAGUUUGCAUCAGCUGAUAAUUGAAGCUACAGAUAACGGAGUUCCAUCCAAGUCGUCUAAGUCGGCUGUAAUUAUUGAUGUGUUGGAUGUUAAUGACAACCCUCCAGAUAUCACCUUCAACCUGUUGGCUGGUGGGGAUCAUGCUUUGGUGUCUGAGUUCGCAAAACCCGGUUCUUUCGUUGCCCAUGUGUCUGUAUCAGACAAGGACAUUGAAGCUGACAACAAAGAUAUAAGCUGUUGGAUCCAGGAUGCUUUGUUCAGCUUGAAGAAACUGUCUAACCAAGAGUUUAAAGUUCUACUGCAGGGUAAGGUGGAUCGAGAGACAGUGGCUGAAUAUCGUGUUGAUGUGAGUUGUACUGAUUUUGGCAGUCCUCAGCUGGAAGCUACAGCCCCAUUACGAGUCGUUAUUAAGGAUGAGAAUGACCACAGCCCACAGUUUGUCAAGGAGGCAUACAGCAGAACUAUCACAGAAAACUUCCCCAUUGGCAAAACUAUUUUGGCUGUGUCGGCCGAUGACAGGGACAUUGGAAACAAUGGUAGAAUAUCAUACAGUUUCGAGAGCAAUGUCAGGAACUUGACUAUCAAACCAACAACCGGUGUUGUCAUGGCAACUGGUUUCCUGGAUCGUGAGCAGACCCCAGUCAUCCGCGCGAAAGUUUUGGCACAUGAUAACGGCUCUCCGCAGCGGACGACAACGGCCAACCUUAUCCUCACCCUGGAAGAUAUCAAUGAUGAAGCCCCAGUUUUCAGCCGAGAUGACUACAGAUUUAAAGUUUCAGAGAAUCUCCCUAAAGCAACUCGUGUAGGGACUGUGAGGGCUGUUGAUGCAGACCUGGGUAAAGGGGGUGAGAUAUACUACUCUGUACUCCAAACAUCUGCUAAACCUGGCAAAUUUAACAUAUCUCGCUCAUCAGGCUUGAUCACCACAAACCAGGAGUUUGAUCGUGAAUCAAAAAGCCGGUAUAAUUUGGUGGUUGUGGCGACAGACAAAGGGAAUCCUUCCAUAUCUACAAAGGUUCAAGUGGUUGUUGACAUCACUGAUCAGAAUGACCAUUUCCCGGUUAUUGAUUUUCCUAAUGAGCUGAACAACACUGUGGAAAUCUUACACAGUGCCGAAGUGGACUCUUUCAUAACAAGGGUACAGGCUUAUGAUCUGGAUGAUGGUAAAAACAGCUUUCUGUCUUAUUUCAUACAAAGUGGUAAUACGAACAGACUUCUAAAAAUGGACAGCAGGACGGGAGACUUGAGAGUUGCUCAGCACAUACCAAGUUAUUUGGCCGGUACCUACGAACUGGUCCUGGGGGUAAGAGAUGGUGGCAAGCCAAUGAAAUCUAGCUGGAAGAGUUUGACACUGGUGGUGAGCAUCGACAACACAACGGCGUUGGAGGUGAUGGCAGACCAGCAACAAAGCAACGUUGUUAUCGUUGUUUCUGUCAUCACUGCCACUAUCGUGCUCUCUGUGGCCAUAAUUAUUGGUAUUAUAGUGGUGAGGAAGCAGGAUGCGAAGAACCAUGUCUACUCGGCCAAGGCCGAAGAGAGGAAGAUCAUGAGGCGUAACAAGGGCAGCUUUAAUUCCCGGUCAGAUCAGUCCAACACGUCCACCACCAGCAGUGACAGUGGAAGGAAAGACGUGAGCCUGACACUAACAGAUGACUCGCAGGCCCCACUCAAUGCUUCCACCUUCACACAAGUCACCUCUUUCUCCACUUUCAAAGGACAAAUGCUGUCCUACAUCUCCUCCAUUGACCAGAAAACUUUAGAGUGCCCACAAGCCUGCAGUUCUUGGAUUACCACAAACACUAUCUCACCUGACAUGAAGCAGGACACAGUGGGUGACAAGCGAGCCGAGAUCAACAAACUAGCCUAUGAUCCGAGCAAAAGGUAUGCUGAAGUCUCUAACGAUACGCUAAGUGAUGUGUCCAGUGAGACAAUGGUGACCAGUGAUAGCGGACGAGGGGGCAGCGAGGAAGAUGUUCACCUGAAAAGUAUAGCCCCAGACAGUCACAAACCUCGCCCAGCCGAAAACGGCCGCACCUUGAGCAGUUUUGGGAACUACCACCAGAGGAGGUCGUACCAUGACCCCCGCCAGCCCAGCUAUGGCAAAUUCCCACCCAGACCACAGUCCAUGUACCCUUACAGCCCAAAGAAAACCAACGGUUGUCAGCGGCGGAAAUUUCGAGAAGAAUAUAGAUGUGAGUGA